AUGAAUUAAUGCAUCAUAUGGAUUAAGCUUUUGCUUAGGAAAUGCUUAUCAAUAUUUUAAUACACCAAAAUUAGAACAGCUGAUUCUCAUUACUAGAUGCAAUAAUUUAAUUAAGUAGAAUUGAACUUAGAUAAAGAUAUUGAGAAUAAUUUAAAAGAAGAGUUAAAGAAUGAGAGUAUUUAUUAAUUUUCAAUAUUUUUUUAGAUUAUGAGACAGAAUUGACAACAUCUGAUUUGGAUACUAAAAUUCAAUCACAAAAAUAAUAAUUAAUUGAAAAAUAAGAAAUAAUAGAAAUUAUCUAAUAACCUAUUGAUAUUAGCAUGGUUAGAUAAUUUAUAGAGACAACUCCUAAUGUUAAUAUUCAAAAUAAGGAAAUUCUUAUUGAAUUAGGAUAAAAAUCAAUUGAAAUUUAUCAUUCAAUUCUGUAUGAUUAUGAAGGAUACGAAUAACUAGAAGACAAUCAAGAUGAAUUUAGUUAUUGGAUCAAAUAUAUAGAAACUCCUGAAAAAUUCUAGAUUCAUCAGAUGAGAUAUAAAUACACUCUUAAUACAACUAUUGAGAAAUAUAUGGCUUUUAUGAAAGAUUUAGAAUUACAAAAGAAAUUAGAUUCUUCUAUUGAUUAAUUUGAAUCACAUUUCUCAGAUGAUUCAUUAUAAAUUAAUUACUUAAGGUAUAAAAAGAUUCUCUUUAUGGAUCCAAGAGAUUUCUUAUUUGUCAAAUAUACAAAAUAUAUUGAUGAAAACACCGUUUUUGAAAUUAGUAAAUCCAUUGAAAAUGAUGAAUUUUAACCUUUGUAAUAUUAUGAUGAUAUUAUUUAGCAAUCCAUCAUCUAAAUCAACAACUAGAGCGUAUUUAUUAAUGAGUGGAAACUAUAUAAAGUAAGUUGAAUAAAAUAAAUUGGAAAUAUAAACAUAUUCAGAAUGCAAUAUGAAAUUAAAAUUAAAACCUAUGAUGACCAAAACUGCUAGUAAAAACGAGAUUAAGAAAUUAAUAAAGAAAUACCGUGAUCAUUUUAAUUAGUAAUGA